GUGAAAGGCGCGGUGCAGCCGCUGCGCGGUUCGUGUUCACGUUUGAAAAGUUUAGUACAAGACCCAGGCCAGUACAGUGGCCAUGGUGGCAGUGCUUCUUCUCUUGCUGGUACAUGUCGUUCACCAUACAGCCAGCAUGACAACACGUUGUCCCGACACUGAACUGCCUAUAAUGAAAACAUAAUCAGUAGUCUACCUGGAGCGCGAACAACUGUGACAAAGCAUAAAAGCUGCAGCUGAGCUGGUGUCGUGAACUAAUAUUAUUAGUAAUAAUUGUUUGAAGUGAAGCCCGGAGAGGACGAGUUGUGUCAAGGCUUGACAAAAUACAGCAAAUUGUAGCCAGUUGCAAUUAUGGCUUCUAGCUCCACAAAUCGGCCAACAGCUUUCAUUGUUCGGUACGGUGAAAGCAAUGCAGCAUCACCACCAUUCACAGAAAGUUUCAUCAAUUCCCUAUCUGGAGCAGGCCGUGCAUGUGGAGUCCACAGUGUUGAUGUGUCGUAUUGUCUGAAGGAUCAACGUCUUGUUGUGGCACCACGCGGCUGCACUGCACUGGACAGCGACUCGAAGGACUCGGUUCUAGCCCGACCAUCUAGUUGCCCUUUCAAUGAGCUGCAAUGUUCACGUGAAGUUUCCGAGUCGACCAGAGCGGAGUCGACGUCGGUGCAGCGCGACGUAGCGGUGGCCGCUACGAUCGUUCUCGUCUCGUCGGAUAAUGCAGUUCUGCUCACACAGCGAGCAGCUCACAUGCGCACCUAUCCACUAGUCUGGGUAGUACCAGGUGGUCAUGUCGAAGAAGGGGAAUCACUUGAGCAAGCUGCGUUACGUGAGGUGACUGAAGAAACUGGACUUUGCUUGUCAGACAGUGAACGAGCGACAUCACGCGUUCUCUGCUUGUGGGAGUCUGCGUAUCCAGCAUUGCUGUGUCAGGGUGUACCACGCCGUCACCACAUCAUCGCCUACAUUGGCAUCCAGUGUGCAGACGAUCACAGUUCACUGCUGCAACGCAUGAAGGCAAGUUCCGACGAGGUGGCAGCCGUCUCCUGGGUGCCUCUCAGUCAUUUCUCUCAGACUUUCGGCAAUGAUGCAGCUGACAAUGCAGCAGAAACAACACUCUCCUUCAAAGUGUAUAAGCCUGGCAAGAAUGAAGCGGGUCCCGAGUCUCGACCUAUGUCCGUCUUCUCACAACCUCCGCCCAGCGUUCCAAGUAGCCACUGGGAGCAUCUGUCGAGCGGCACAAAGUUUGCUAUAGAGCAAGUUUUGAGGAGAUCAUAGCUGAAGCAAGAGUACGUAACCCCCAAGAGUGUGUAACUCUGCUUGGACUGGCUAUGGGAUACUCUGCUUGGACUGGCUAUGGGAUCCACCGACUGUGAAAACUCACAUCACACAGUGUAGUGUGCGCGGUGUACAUGUACAUUCCCAGCUGUGCUGUGUACAUUCCCAGCUGCGGUGUACAUUCCCAGCCGCGGUGUUCAUUCCCAGCUGUGGUGUGUACAUUCCCAGCUGUGGUGUGUACAUUCCCAGCUGUGGUGUACAUUCCCAGCUGUGGUGUGUACAUUCCCAGCUGUGCUGUGUACAUUCCCAGCUGUGGUGUACAUUCCAAGCUGCGGUGUGUACAUUCCCAGCUGCGCUGUGUACAUUCCCAGCUGCGCUGUGUACAUUCCCAGCUGCUGUGUACACUCCCAGCUGUGGUGUACAUUCCUAACUGUGGUGUACAUUCCCAGCUGCGCUGUGUACAUUCCCAGCUGUGGUGUACAUUCCCAGCUGCUGUGUACAUUCCCAGCUGCUGUGUACAUUCCCAGCUGCGGUGGACAUUUCCAGCUGCGGUGUACAUUUCCAGCUGUGGUGUACAUUCCCAGCUGCGCUGUGUACAUUCUCAGCUGCGGUGUACAUUCCAAGCUGCGGUGUACAUUUCCAGCUCGUUCUUAGAGGGCAGUGCGGUCGGUAGUGAAAACAGAACUUCCUGACGAAAACCCACUACUGAGCUGGUACGAGUCACCAGCAUGAUCCUGGCUGAUGUUUGGACUGCGCACACACUGUCACUGGCCUAUGUUGUACGUAAGCGCCUACGUUGUACGUACGUGUAGUAUCAAAAUGAAGUACUACAGUAGUAGCACAAAGUCCUGUUCUUGGAACACGUGAUGUGAAUUUUCGCCGUCAGAGAUCCCGUAACGCAUUCUUGACAAUGUAACUGUGUCACGUGCAUGUAUGAGCUCCAUACAGCCCAAUACAGCCCAAUACAGCCCAAUACAGCCCAACACAGCCCCAUACAGCCCAAUACAGCCCCAUACAGCCCAAUACAGCGAGCGUAUCUGUGACCUGCCCAAUAUCCAAACACUUCCCUUGUUAUCCGAACACUUCCCCUUAUCCAAACACUUCUGUCCCCGGGGAAAAUCGCGGAAAAAAUCGCAAAAAACGCGGGGGAAAACGCGGCAUAAUAUUUAUGGCAUAAUUUGCGGUGAAUUUGCGGUAUUAAAAUAUGCGGUGAAUAUUAUUGAUAUGCGGCAAGUUUGCAGUUGAUAUGAGGCAAUUUUCAGUGAGUAUGUAGUGAAAUCAAUCAGUUACAAGUCUCUGGUGUAAGCACUCGUCAUAUUUGAGUACAUAGCCGCCACGAUGAGACGUUGCUGACCGAACAAUGCACUGUGUAUACGUGUAGUCCAACAAAAAAGUUCAAAAAACGCGGGAAAAUCGCGGAAAACACGGUCUUUUAAAAAAUCGCAAAAAAUCGCGGCCGCGGAAUCGCGAUUUUCCCCGGGGACCGACACUUCCUAUGUUAUCCAAACACUUCCCCUUAUCCAAACACUUCCCCUUAUCCAAACACUUCCCUUGUUAUCCGAACACUUCCCCUUAUCCAAACACUUCCCCUUAUCCGAACACUUCCCCUUAUCCGAACACUUCCCCUUAUCCAAACACUUCCCUUAUCCGAACACUUCCCUUAUCCGAACACUUCCAUUGUUAUCCGAACACUUCCAUUGUUAUCCAAACACUUCCCCUUAUCCGAACACUUCCCCUUAUCCAAACACUUCCCCUUAUCCAAACACUUCCCUUUAUCUGAACACUUCCCUUAUCCGAACACUUCCCUUAUCCAAACACUUUCCCUUAUCCGAACACUUUCCUUGGUAUCCGAACACUUCCCCUUAUCCGAACGGCAUCUGCCCGGAAUGGUUUGGAUGACCGAUACUCCAUGCUCCACUGCUGUAGCAGGUCAGUGUUGGUGUUCAGGAAGCAUUGCUGGUUUAUUCACCAUGAUUAUCAUAUUCUUAAAUUAUUUUUCAUUCUCUUGCCUUGGCCGUGAGCUAGCAUUGGAUACACAGGCACAUGGUGACGACCAGGGGAGCACUAAGUCACUAUUUUACUACUCAAGUACACUGUAGUUAUUAUCAAGAGUACUCAAAAGUUAAAAAUCCGAAAAAAAUUCCGAUGGCGACCGUAGUCACUGGUAGUUGUACAAUCAUAUCUGUACAAGUCAUGUAAAAGAAAAAGAAAAAGGCCCAACAUGCAACCUGUCUUGCCAGUUAUGUGGACUUACGGGGGUCGCCAUGGCAACUAAUAAGUAGUAAACCAUCACGAUCACUACAAUCGUCGCUCUCCGACUCAUUGCUCCCUUCACCAUCCGCUCUCUCUGUUAUCCCGGCCUGACUUGGUCCAUUGAACGGGACUCGGCCGUCACCCUGCUGUCACGUCAUGGGACGGACGGUGAAGGGAGCAAUGAGUCGGAGAGCGACGAUUGCAGUGAUCGUGAGAGUGCCGGUGAGAAUGUUAGUGUUGUGCGUAGGUUUCGUGGUAGCAAGUCUUCAGUGUACAAUCAUCUGUUGGCUAGUCCUGACUGUUGCAAUUCGUAUUCCGACUCUUCUUUCACUGUAUUGUGCCGUGGUCGUCAUGGUUAUGGACUACAGUUAAAAGUUUUGGAAGCCAUCUGUCAGCGUUUGUAUAAGCCUAAUUUGUGUGUACAGAAGGAUAGUAUAAUUGGGUUGAAAUUGUUCAAGUAAAGUGUCAUGUUUUGUGCGGCCAAGCUUGGCCGUUAAUUUUCUAGGUGUAAUGUACUGCUGUUAUUUGUUAUCACUUUGUCCCUUUCUCUUCUUUGUUCAUUUUUCAGUUGCAAGUUUAGUGUUAGUACACACAUUCGUUAUUGCUCUCGCAUUCAUUGAUAAAAUUCACACUUGUAAAUUUCACUGCUGUUGUUCUUAGUGUUAUUUUCUCUAACUUAGAUUUUCUAUAAUAGUUCAAUUUCGUUUUCAUUGUCCUUUAGUACAACGAAGAUUCCUGAUGAGUGUUGUACGAAAACUUGUUUGAAUCCUCAUUUUCUCUACACCAUUUCUUCACAUUUUCAUCGUUUUUAUUGCACAUUGUCUCCACAGUUUUACAUUACAUGAAUAAAGUGUACACAAAUGUC